UUUAUCAUCCUAGUUUUACUGCGUGACUAACGCAGUAAGGGCAAUAUCUUACGAUCUACCGAUGGGACAUUUCAACUUCAUAACUUCCCGAUUUCAUCUUCGUGAAUUCACAAUUUCAACUUAUUGAAUUCCCGUUUUCAAAAUACGAAUUCACGAAUUCCCGAUUUUAGCUUCAUAAAUUCGUUAAGUUGAAAUUAAGAAGUCAUAAAGCUGAAAUCGCGAUGUCACGAUGUUGAAUUCGUGAAGUUGGAAUUUUGAAUUCGUGAAGAUAAGAUCGUCAAUUUAUAAAGAUGUAAUCGGGAAUUCAUGAAGUUCGAAAUGUCCCUUCUGUAUUUUUAGCAUAUUUAAACCUCAUUUAAUUAUCAUAAUUAACGUGGAUAGUAAUUGUCAUUUUUUCAAUGUGUAAAUUACGUUCUUUACUCACCUCAUAAUAUUUUACUUUUGAAUACAUUUUCGUUAGAAAUUAUCAUGAAUCUGAAGGCAUUCUGCUUUAAUAUGGUAAAAGAAAUCAAUAGACCCAUUUUCAAAAUAUCCAUCAAAAUUAAACUGCGAGAUAAAGGAUAUUGACCCAAAUAAAAAGUGGGGUGUUUUGUAUUCAGAUAAGGUUAUUAUUGCAAUUGUUAAAGUUGGAGUUAUCUACAAAGUAUGGACUUUAAUCACAUGGUUUUGUUGAAGAUGUACUGUUGAAAACGUCAUAAUAACUGUUAAAUGAGUCUCAGAUGAGGGAAAAAACAACCAAAAUGGAAGUUACAGGAAGGAAAGAAAAGACAUCUAUUUUGUAUUGUGAACCUUGCGAAGUUGAAUGUUCGAUAACAUCUGCAAAUGGGGCAUGCCGGGAAUGCAAGGAAUAUAUGUGUAUCACAUGCUUCCGUCAUCAUUUAAAAAGCAAACAUACAAGAAACCACGUGUUGCUUUCUCUUGAAGAGUUUUCAAACCUUUCAUUAGGAGGUGUAUCUGAAGAUGUCACCAGAUGUGAAAAACACAAGAAUGAAAUCAUCAAAUUUUAUUGCCGUCGGAUGUGGUGAUUGUAUAGUAUUAGAUCAUACGACCUGCAAACCUGAAUAUAUCAACGACUUGUCGAAAACAUUUAAAGAGGGAAAUAUAUAUAAAACUAUUGCAAAAAGAGUUGAAGACAUUGGAUAAAAGAUAACAACUUAUGAACACGAGCUUGGAAAGAGAAGAGACGAAGUUAAAUAGAUGAAUGAAAAAGCUCUUAAAGAAAUCCGUGAAUUUAGAAAGGAGAUAAAUAAAUGUUUAGAUGAAGGUGAGGCUAAAAUCCUAUUAGAAAUAAAGGAACUGAGAAAGAAAAACACAGAUAUUCGGAAAAACCUUAAAAAUGUUUUUACUCGCUAACUUCAGAGCUUGUGGAGAUGAAACAGAUGCUCAACACCAAGUUACAUCGCGGGGAUGCAUUAGUUAUAAAUGCAGUGAAUUGUAAGUCUAGUCAUGACGACAUAGAAACGAUGCUUGAAAACACAUCAAAAGAAAACGUUCUGAAAGGGGUCAAGUUUGUCCGUAAUGAACAUAUGGCAUGGCUUCUGAAAUUUACAGAUCCAUUAGAAAGACUGAAGAUAAAUGCAAGACGGAUUCCCCAUCAACUAGGCAUAAAACAGAAACAGAAACAUUUUGGUGUUGGUGUGCGAGUUCGUCGAGGCCCUGACUGUAAAAGCUCGAACCAGGACGGUGGGCGACCAGGCAAGGUCAUAGGAUUCAAUCAGAGUGGGUGGGCAAUCGUGAAAUGGGAUAAUGGAUAUAUGGAUAGUUACCGAAUUGGACAAGAAGACUCGCAAGACCUUGAAAUUAUUUAGAAAAUAU